GCAGCCGCUGCUGUUCGAGCGUUCGGUCGCGGGACGGACCGGCGUGCAGCUCCCCCGCUCGACGUGCCGCGCGCGAGGCGCUGCCGGCGGAGUUGUGCCGCGCGAGCUGCCCCUGCCGGAGCUGUCCGAACCGGAGGUCGUGCGUCACUUCACCAACACCUCGCGGCGCAACUUCUCGGUGGACCAGGGCUUCUAUCCGCUGGGCUCCUGCACCAUGAAGUACAACCCCAAGAUCAACGACCGCAUCGCCGACCUGCCCGGGCUGGCGUUGAUCCAUCCCUAUCAGGACGAGGCGACCGUGCAGGGGGCGCUGCGACUGCUCUGGGAGCUGCAGGAGUGGCUGGGCGAGAUCGCCGGGCUGCCCGGCGUGUCGCUGCAGCCGUCGGCCGGCGCGCACGGCGAGCUGACCGGCGCGCUCAUCAUUCGCGCGUACCACCAUGCUCGUGGGGAAGGGGCGGCAGGCUCGCAGCGCACGACGAUGCUGGUGCCCGACUCCGCGCACGGCACCAACCCGGCGACCGCCGCCAUGGCCGGCUACCGGUCGCGCACGGUGCCGACCGGGGCCGACGGCAACCUGGACUUCGCGGCGCUGCAGGAUGCGCUGGACGACAGCGUGGCCGGGCUCAUGAUCACCAACCCCAAUACGCUGGGGCUGUUCGUGGAACGCGUCACCGACAUCGCCGCCGCGGUGCACGAGGUCGGCGGACUGGUCUAUAUGGACGGCGCCAACAUGAACGCGAUGGUCGGCGUGGCGCGGCCGGCGAUCUGGGCACCGACAUCCUGCACUUCAAUCUGCACAAGACGUUCAGCGUCCCGCACGGCGGCGGCGGGCCGGGAGCUGGCGCGACCGCGGUCACCGAGCAGUUGGCGCGCUUUCUUCCGGCGCCGGUGGUGCGCCGCGACGGGGAGACGUACCGCCACGACUACGAUCGGCCGGACUCGAUCGGCCGCGUGCGCGCCUUCUACGGCAACGUCAACAACGCCGUGCGCGGCUCCGACGCGUACCUCCGGUCGCUGGGCGGCGACGGGCUUGCCGCCAUGAGCCGGCUGGCGGUGGUGAACGGCAACUACGUGCGGGCCGCGCUCGCCGACUGUGCUGGAGGUGCCCUAUCCGCGGGUGGUGCAAGCACGAGGUGGUCUUCAGCGCGCGCCUGCAGGCACAGGAGCACCGGGUGCGUGCGCUGGACAUCGCCAAACGCCUGA